UUUACAAUUUCCAUUCAAUCAAAUGAAAUUAAAUAACCGGUUUAUUUAUAAACAUAAAAUUUGAAUCCAAAAAUAAAUAAAAAAUUCAGUUUUUCACAUCAAAUAAUUUAUUUCACCUCGUAGUUAUUUGUAUAAAAAAUGUCGAAGGACAUAAAAGUAGCGUUGAAAGAAAUUCGGAGUUGUUUAGACGAUCAUCAAUAUGUUGAGGCAAUGAAAAAAUGCCAAAAGUUAUUGAAAAUGGAUAAAAAAAAUUAUAUGGGUCUUAUAAUGCUUGGAGCAGCUAUGAAAGAUAUUGAUGAAUAUAAAUCGCAAGCACCUUUAGCUUAUAAAAAAGCUAUUGAAGUACAGCCAGAUAAUCCAUUAGCUUGGCGGGGGCUUGUCAAAUUUUAUGAAGGACAACCUGGCAAUGUUGAAACUUGGCGUGAACUUGUACCAGCUUAUUGUAAAUUAUUGAAAUUGGAUAGUGACCCCCAAAAAAUUAUAAAUUAUCUUGAUCAAUUAUCACGUUUAUCUAUUAUUUUAAAUGAUAAUAAGAUAUUUGAUGAAGUAAUAAAUGUUAUUCUAGAAUUGAAGAAAGAUAACGAUAACAGUGAAUUGUACAAAUUAGAUGAUAUAUUGCUAUCAAUGUUUAAUGGCUUUUCAAAAGCUUUACCAAAAUAUUACGAAUUAUACAAAAAUAUUUUAAUUUCAUCAAUUCAAAAGGACACGCCGCCAAAAUAUAUGGAAUACUAUAAAAAUUAUUUAAAGUUAUUAUUUUCGGAAAAAAAUUAUUUGGGAUUGUUUUCUGCUGCGACUCAAAUUAAUCUUAAAUAUCCUCGUGAAUUAUAUCCACUCGAAUGGAUUUGUCGUGUAUAUGCAGAACAAGCUGUUUUAGAAAAUUAUGAUAACAUUGAAGACAUUGCUAUUGAUUUGUAUUAUCAAUCAUUACUUGAUCUUGAUUCUAAUUCUUAUUUAGGAAUAUUUGCAAAAGCAAUGCAUUAUUAUCAAAAUAAUAAUUACAUUGAAUCAAGAGAUUUACUCUACCAAGUAGUAUCAUUACAUCAAAAAUCUUUAUUUCCCUGGGUUGCAUUGACUAAUACCAAUGCUAAACUACACUGUUGGCAAGAAACUGAAAAUGCAGCGGAAAAUGCAUUUAAUUUAAAUGUCAAAAGUCGUAGGGAAUUAAUUACUAAAGUUAAUUUACUAUUAAUUGAAUCAUUAAUCAGAAGUGAUAGUAAAAAAAAAUGGGAACGAGCUACGGAAAAAUGUAAAAAGUUACUUGAAGAUGAUUCAUCGAAAAAAUUAAAAUUACUUCUUACCCGAGCUCAACUUCUUCAAGAAAUUCCUGAAGCUCUAAAUCUUCUGAAAGAAUUAGAAAAUGAUCCGGAAACUCAUCAAGAAGCGGCAGUUAUUCGCGGAUUGUAUUUAAAAAAUCGUGGAUCAUAUGAAGAAGCUAUUGAUGUUUUAGGCGCAGUUCUGGAUACUUCUGAAGCCUGGCAAAUACUUGGUACCAUUUACUGGAAGAUGUCCAAUUAUAGUCACAGUUUAAUGGCCUUUUUAAAAGGCAUCCAUGCGGAUCCAAAUGACUGGGAAUGUUUAGUUUACCUUGGCCAUUAUUAUCGUGAGCAUGGUAAUGAUCUUGAGAAAUCCCGAAAAUGUUAUCAAAAAGCUCUAAGGAUAAAUCCUAACUCUGAAGAAGCUGGCGCUGGUUUGAGUACAGCCUAUAGGCUUUUAAAAAAUACCGAAGCAAACAUGCAGAUGCUUCAAAGAGUAACGACUGUCGAAGGUGGUGGCCCAAAGUGGGCAUGGUUACAGCUUGGUCUUCAGCAAUUAGACCAAGGAAAAAUCGAACAGGCAAUUAAAUCAUUGCGAUAUGUUAUCAGAGCAGAUCCUAAUGACAAUCACUGUUGGGAGUCACUUGCUGAUGCUUAUUGGGCACGUGGUGCACACACAUCAGCACUGAAAUCUUAUCAACGAGCAUUAGAAUUAUCACCAGGGUCUCUUUAUCCAAUGAUACAACUUGCUAAUAUUAAAUUGGUUCUCGGUCGACAUGAUGAAGCAAAGGAAGCUUUCAUCCAAGUUUUAAGUCAAGAACAACAUUAUAUACCAGCGUUAAAAGGCUUAGCAGAAACUUGUUUAGGUCUUGCCAAAGAAAAUGCAAGUAAACAAUUACUUGGACGUGCAAGAAGAAAUUGUCAGCAGGCAAUAGACAGUCUUACUGACGCUAUUAUUGAAAAUAGUAAUUUAUCAUGUCUGUGGAAACUUCUUGGUGAUGCCUGUUACAGAGUUGCUAUUUUACCUGAAAAAUAUUGUUAUGUUGAAGUAACUCCAGGUUUAAUUAAAUCAAUGAGUGAAAAAUAUCGAAUUGAAAUUCAUCAGAGCGAACUUUUUACUCUCGCUGCUAGAUCUUAUUGUCGUGCAUUAAGUAUCACUAAAGACUCUUCAUUACUGUGGCAUGAUUUAGCUUGUUGCUACUUAGCACAAGUUCAUCAUGACAGUACAGUAAAUCGUAAAAUCACUGCUGAAAAAAGUUUAGAAGCAGCUAAACAAGCAGUUAGACUUUGUUCAACAACUUGGGUACACUGGAAUAUUCUUGGAGUUAUUUGUAUGCUGCCCGAAAUUAGAAAUUAUGCAUUAGCUCAACAUUCUUGGGUUAUGGCAAUUGAUCGUGAGCCAAACAAUGGAGUUGCUUGGACAAAUUUAGGAACUCUGUAUCUAUAUUUAGGAGAAACUAUAAAAGCUAACAGAGCAUUUUCACGAUCACAACGUGCUGAUCCUGAGUACUCAAAUAGUUGGAUUGGUCAAGGAAUAAUUGCCGAAUCAGUUGAUAAUAAAGAAGCAAUGGAUCUAUUCCGUCAUGCUAUACAACUUGGUUAUCAUCCACAAGCUGCAGUUGGUUAUUCUCACUGGGUACUGAUGACUAUUUUAAAUCCUGAAGCUCGAAAAGAUCCUCUGUAUCAUUACAUGAUCGUCAACAUGCACGCAAUAUCUGUAGCUAUAGACGCAAUGACUUGGUACACGGAACGAGAACCUGAUGUAAUUUAUGGACGAAAUGCCCUAGGGUUGUUGUUAGAACGUCAAAAAUUAUUUAAAUUAGCAGCUCAUGAAUAUUCUGUUGCUUUGAAAUUAGGAAAAGAUGAUAAUCAAGAAGAUCAAAUAAGAGUUAACCUUGCAAGAGUUUUAGUUCAAAUGGGACAAUUCAACGAAGCCAUUGAUAUUUGUCAGCAUAUAAAAACCGCUAGCUUUAAUUCUCAUUGUCAAUUAGCUCUGGCUUUAUUUAAAGCUGCAAGAUAUGAAGAAUCAUACGCGGCGUAUGAGGCAGCUUUACAUUGGCUAGCAGAUGAUGGAUCUGACAAAGCACAUGUGCUUUGUGCGAUGGCAUCAAUGGCAUACAUGUUCCAAGAAGUAGAUGAUGUUAAAACACUUCUCUUCCAAUGUAUUGAAAUUCAACCGCCAACAGUUGCAGGUCUCUUAGCUGCUGCAGCACUUGGUCUCCUUCAUGAUGACUUAAAUUUAACGAGUCUCGUUCUUAAAGAACUUGAAAUAUACAAAGAUGAUCCUAAAUACAGGCACCAUGUUGCCCGUCUUACUGCUUAUUCAUGUCUUAUGCAUGAAGAUAUUACUGGAGCUAUUCGCAUUAUCUCCAAAUCUAUUCAUAGGCGUCCAGAUGAUGUUGGCUCGUGGAUUAGUCUCGUUAGAAUUCUACUUGAAACAAAUUCAAGUGAUUUUGGUUACUGCGCACAAAAAGCGUUACAUCUUGGACGUAAAAAUUCGUCAGUUGCUGUUGCGAAAAUUGCCUGCGUAUCAUCACUUGGUCAACUGAUCGAUUAUCAAAGUAAAUGUGGAUUGCGGUCUGUACAAAAAACGAUUUAUUCAUUUCCGGGUAAUGUUGAAAGUUGGGCCAAUUUAAUUGUUGCUGCAUUACCGAGAUGUACAACCAAUGACUCAGCGCCAAAUUUGAAAUGGUUAUCGUCAUUGAUAUCUAUUAUUCGAGAUCAAUGGAAAUGCUCUAAACCAAUGGACGAUUGGUUACAAAUAAAUCAAGAAAAAAUAAGUGAACUUUCAGCAAAGUGUUGAAAUAAAAUAAAU